AUGUCGGACACACAGAAGCCCACGGAAGUGGGAGAAAACCCGAAUGCCGCGGCGGAGAAGGACGUAAAGGAUAUCCUCGCGGAGCUCCAGGCUGAGGACACCAAUGCAGACGGCAAGGAGGAGCCGACUCCCACUGAGCCAGAAAAGAAAGAUUCCACCGCCAACCGCGCGCAGCCCGAUGCUGAGGCCGAAGAGGAAGCUAGAAUCAUCGCGGCUGCCAACAAGUUAGGCCAGGACUCAGUAUCAGACGACAAGCCCAAGCGCGACCGGGGUAACAGAGCCGGUAACCGUGGUGGCCGCGGUGGGCGUGGAGGAGACAAGAAGCGAGUGAAUUAUCGAGACAACAUCAAGUCUGAUGUUACAACCUUGGAGGAAACCAGCGAUCCAGAGGAGAUUCGCAAACAGGUUGAAUUCUACUUCUCUGAUUCGAACCUUCCAAUGGAUAAAUUCUUGCUAGGCAAAGUGGGCGGGAGCAAAAACCGUGCAGUCGAGCUUUCUUUGCUCCACUCAUUCAAGAGAAUGCGACGCUUCCAACCCUUUAGCGCAAUCGUAGACGCUUUGAAGGAGUCUGAAACCCUCGAGCUCACUGAUGAUAAUACCAGCAUUCGACGAAAGGUCCCGCUCCCCGAUACUGUGACGGAAAAUACAAACUCUUCUACUGCUAGAGUGUUUGAUGAUAAAGCCUUACACCGUAGCAUCUACGUCAAAGGCUUUGGCACGGAGGAACCCAGCACACAGUUCGAUAUCGAAGCCUUCUUUGCUCCUUUUGGCCCUACCAAUGCCGUCCGGCUGCGACGCACGGAUGAAAAGAUAUUCAAAGGCAGUGUAUUUGUCGAAUUUGACUCGGAAGAGACACAGAAAAAGUUCCUUGCUGUGGACCCGAAGCCCAAGUGGAAAGGAACCACUGAGCUAUUGAUCAAGAGUAAGAAAGAGUACUGCGACGAAAAGGUCAAGGAGAUAGAGGCUGGACGCCUUAAGCCCAAGAGAGGACGCGGAGGCUUCAGAGGCGGCAGCCGUGGUGAUAAUAACCGCGAUUGGAAAGAUCGCAGGGCCGAUGAUCAGAAGCGCGGAUUCGGCAGAGGCAGAGGCCGCGGCCGUGGAAAUGGUAGAAGAGACGGUGGACGUCGAGAAGGCUUGAAGGAUUCUCGGGGAGUACCAAUCGUCCAGGUGGAGGGCGACAAGCCUACUGAACCCGCUGCAGGGCAGAAGCGCGCCCGAGAAGAGGAUGCCGGUGCCAACGAAAACGGCACAACCUCGAGCAACGUCGAAAAUGGCGAUAGACCUGCCAAAAAAGUGGAUGUCAAGGAAGGCUAG